CUUUUCCCUUUUCUCGUUACUUUCUCUUUUCAUGAAUAUCUUGCGAUGAAACAAAAAUCCAUCACCAACGAAAAAAAAAAAACAGAUAUCGUUAGUGCCAAGCUCGGCAUGACCGGUCCCCAGCUGGGCCAGAGCAUCUCCCAGCAAGGAUUCUUCUCGUCACGUGAUAGCCUGGCGGCGUCGGGUGCUUCCCGGCCACUGCAUUCCCAUGUGUCCGCCACCACCUCGGAGAUGGAUUUGUCCCGCAAGGACCGGAAGCGGGAACGAAGCAAGCUGAAUUCGAGUGACCAACCCUUGCUGGGCUCGUGGAGCCGCACUGGACCACGGGAGUCCGCUGCGCACGUUACUUCUGCUGCUGCGGCGGCGGCGGCCUCUGCGGCAGCGACUCGUGCGUCCAGUAACCAUCUGGCCCCGCCAUGCGGCACCGGGAGCACCUGCAACGGGGCCGAUCGAUACACUACGACCUUCUCAAAUCGAGCUCCAGGAAUCUUCAAUACUUGCUACAAAAUUGUUAUUCUUCACUUGUUGAACAACUUUCCCUCUUCUCUAUCCCCUAGGUUCGGCCGUCGAUCCGGCUGUUCAACAUCGUCCCGCAAAUCGAACGGCCGCCGUUGGUCGUUCGUGUUUGACCCGGCCGGUCGACUCUGCUACUACUGGUCCAUGGUGGUGUCGAUGGCAUUCCUGUACAACUUCUGGGUCAUCAUCUAUCGGUUUGCCUUCCAGGAGAUCAACGGCGAAUCGAUCGUGCUCUGGUUUUGUCUGGAUUACUUCUCGGAUUUUUUAUACCUCGUAGAUAUUCUGUUCCACUUCCGUACGGGUUACCUCGAGGACGGCGUGCUGCAAACCGACUCGACCAAACUCCGGCAGCACUACAUGAACUCGACAACGUUCUACAUAGACUGCCUUUGUUUAUUGCCGUUAGAUUUUUUAUACUUAUCGAUAGGAUUCAAUUCGAUACUGAGAUCGUUUAGGCUAGUCAAGAUUUAUCGAUUCUGGGCCUUCAUGGAUCGCACCGAGCGGCACACGAACUACCCGAACCUGUUCCGGUCGACCUCGCUGAUACACUAUCUGUUAGUCAUCUUCCACUGGAACGGUUGUUUAUAUCACAUAAUCUAUAAGAAUAACGGUUUCGGCUCCAAGAACUGGGUGUUUCACGAUUCGGAAACGGCGGAUGUGGUGAAGCAGUAUCUGCAGAGCUACUACUGGUGCACACUGGCACUGACCACGAUCGGUGACCUGCCGCGGCCUCGCUCCAAGGCGGAGUAUGUGUUUGUGAUAGCGCAACUGCUGUUCGGUCUGAUGCUGUUUGCGACCGUCCUGGGCCAUGUGGCGAACAUUGUCACCUCGGUCAGUGCUGCUCGCAAGGAGUUCCAAGCCAAGCUCGACGGUGUCAAGACCUACAUGCGCAUGAGACGGGUUCCCAAUCAUCUCCAGGUGAAGGUGAUCAAAUGGUUCGACUAUCUCUGGCUGACGCAAAAGUGUUCAGACGAGGAGAGAGCUGUAUCAUGUCUUCCUGAUAAAUUAAAGGCUGAAAUAGCUAUAAAUGUUCAUUUAGAUACACUUAAGCGAGUAGAAAUUUUUCAAAAUACCGAGGCGGGCUUUCUGUGCGAGCUGGUGUUAAAGCUAAGGCCGGUGCUGUUCUCUCCGGGCGAUUUCAUCUGUCGGAAAGGUGAAGUCGGCAAAGAGAUGUAUAUAGUCAAUAGAGGUAGACUGCAGGUUGUCGCAGACAACGGAAAAACUGUUAUGGCUUCGCUGAAAGCCGGAUCCUAUUUCGGAGAAAUCAGUAUCCUCAACAUGGGUACGGCAGGUAAAGCGCUCGGAAACCGGAGGACAGCCAGCGUUCGUUCGGUUGGCUACAGUGAUCUGUUCGUGCUCAGCAAAAAGGACAUGUGGGAUGUGCUGAAGGAGUAUCCGGCGGCUCGGGUGCGACUGGAGGCGAUCGCAGUCAAGCGGCUCGAAAAGUACAAGAAGGCACCUCUCGAGAAAGUCGCAAUGGGACGCUGCCAAUCGACCCCCGGAUUAGUGGAAACGAGGGGCCGGACCACCAUUGAGGACAUGUGGAUCUCUCCGACAACUGCGAUAACGUCCGCUAGCUCAAUGGUUCCUACAUAUCCGACGGCGGCGGGCAGCCGCAUGACCAGUCCCCGAUCCAGACGUGGUGAUCUGAUGAGCAAUCGGCAGCCACAGUCGCCCGGGUCGGUUAGCCCUAGUGUACAUAGUUCCGAGGAACGGCCUAGAAGUCAAACGACUUCCCAUCAAACUUCCCGACCACAAUCGCAACCCAGUAGGACAGGUCCCCCCUGUGACUCGCUUACCCAUAUCGAAUCGUCCGGUGCCACGCCCCUGCUGGGGUCCCACGAAGCCCUGGAAGGGGAAAUCAAGCGAUUACGAGAGCGUCUCCACACGGUAGAAUCGGAGAACUUCACCCUGAACGCCAAACUAGCCCAACAACAGUGGGAAGUCGAACAUCGCCUAGCGGAGAUCGAAAUGCAAAUCUGCGGUGCUUCGUCCGCGUCCAGCAUGAGCCAGGAGAACGAAACUGAAGAUCUAGAACGAAACCGGGAGAGUAUCAUAUAACACGGAAGCGAGCUGCCUCAAAAAGUUGCCCUGGUGUAUGUGCGAUGUAUGACUUGAAUGGCGUACCAUUGUUCGUUUCUUUUCAAGAUGGUUGUGCAAAGAUAGUUACUGGACGCGGAGCACGUCGUUGGAAGGGGAAGUAAGGAUCGACCGGUCGGCAGGAAAUUCGUUUAAGUUUUUAGGUUAAACCAAACUAGAUUUUAUGGUGCACUGCAUUCUAGAAGAAGAGCAGACCCACACUUUUACUUUGUUCGAUUAUUGACUAAAUACCUAUGAACUAUUGUAUAACCACACUCCGUGACACAGCAUUACGGGUCAUCUUUGACAAAGGCAGCUACUCUAGAGAACCACGGAAGCACACUGAAAACCAAGUCUUCUUGAUAGUCGAGAAGGUCGCCGAAUUUGUAGAGAAAAUACGAAGAUGCAAAACGAACAUCACAAAUAUAGUUCUGUUCAGUUAGUAUAACUAGCAUUAUCAA